AUACCAGCACCGCUGCCCAUUCCCAAUUCACCACAAAAAUCUUGCCUCCGAGCACAGGUCUGUCACCCAUACACACACAACUCACCGAAUAAGUCGUUAUGGAAGACUCAACCGAAUACGAACGACUCCGUCAAGAAAACAUCCUGAAAAACAAAGAGCUACUCCUACAACUUCAACUCGAUGCCGCCUCCGUCGGCGCCACUAAAAAAGCCGCGAUAUCGUCCAGCGGCAGUGCUAGCAAACCGAAGAACCGAAGCGUGAGGAAAGAACUCCAAAGUCCUUUACCCAGAAGGAAGUCUUCUCGCCUUGCUGGUUUGCCAGCAGAUUCUGAGGUCACUAAGAGAAAGUACGAGGAGGGUAUUGCCGCCCUUCAGGAGGUAGAGAGAGCCAAGAGGGCAAGAGUUGCUGGAGAUCUGAGCUUUGAAAUCCAACAGGGUUUAGUUGAUAUUACCAAGAGCGCCAGGUUCGAAAGGACAUUUACGGAUGAAAAUGUCCAGGGGACUACGGAUAAGGAUUUGAGAGCGAUGAGGCAGAAAAUGAUGGGUUUGGGACUUUACGACCAGCACCCCCCGAAUGGUAAGUCAACCAAAGUCUUAACAGACUGCGAAUCAGAACGCGGGUUCAAACUAAUCUAUGCGCUUGAUUAGAUAUUAAAAUUUGUCCUGAGCGUAUAGUAAGGACCCUCUCCCUUCCCGCUGCCACGGGAAUGAUAAUAUCUUACUCUAGCCACCCAGUAUCACAUGGCUUUCCACCCGACAACCGAGAAGCAACUGAUUUUUGCUAGUGACAAGGCAAGACCUCCAGACCCCAUGACUACAAAAUGAAUUCCUCCACUAAUUAUUUUUGAUUCAGAUGGGAACCCUCGGUGUAUUCGACGCCCAAUCUAACAAAGAGGAUAAAGACGGGAACCCGACAGCCGACAUCAGCCAAUAUAAAGUGCACUCUCGAACAAUAUCUACCUUUGCUUUCGACCCUAUCUCUGCCACAACCCUUUACACAUCUUCCUAUGACGGGAGUAUACGAAGGUUCGAUCUGGCCACUGGCGUGGCUUCCGAGGUUUUCGUUGCAGAAGACGGUGAUGCGCUGAGCGGCGUCGAAGUCCAUGGUACCAACAUGCUCUACUUUUCCACAUUAGACGGUCUUUUCGGCCGACGGGACCUAAGGCAGAAGAGGACAGACAUAUGGGCGCUGCAUGAAAAGAAAAUUGGAGGCUUUUCCACACACCCACGUGCUCCUCAUCUUGUUGCUACCAGUGUAAGUGAUGUCCCCCAUGCCCCAACUUCACACAUGCCAACCUUAAACGACAGUCCCUGGACCGCACCCUAAAAAUCUGGGACCUUCGAAAAGUCGUCAAAACCUCCGAAUACCGAACUCUUGCAUUAGUAGCCGAACAUCCCAGUAGGCUAAGCGUCAGCUGUGCCCUCUGGUCGUCAAGCGGAAGCAUAGCAACAACCUCCUACGACGACACUAUCAAGAUCUAUAAAUUCCCUGACGCCGUUAGGUGGGGCCCUACCAGCAAUUUUGGAACAGUCGAACCGGACGUGACUAUUAAUCACAAUAAUCAGACUGGCAGGCAUGUCCUUUCUUCCCCUCUUUCAUCAAUCAGUGCUAACACAUUCUAUAGAUGGGUUACCAUCCUUCGUGCCCAAUGGCAGCAAGCGCCCCCAAAUGGGCAGCAAAAGCUCGUCAUUGGAAAUAUGAACAGAUUCCUGGACGUCUACUCCGAGAACGGCGAACAACUAGGCCAAUUAUCACACGAGAGCGUCACAGCUGUUCCCGCAGCAGCCCAAUUCCACCCGACCCAGAAUUGGAUUGCCGGCGGGACUGCAAGUGGUAAGGUGGUCCUAUUCGUUUAGUCUUUGUGUGGGUAGCAGAGAGAGGACGCCGAUAUUAGAAUGAUUCGGAGGAUAGGGAGGGUUACGGCGUUAUCAUUUACUUUGCCAAUGGGGAAGCGUGGGGGGGGUAGUUCGGUUUUAAAGUUUUGAAUCGAUUCGCACUUGUGUUCGGGAGCGGAAAUGUUUUUUUUUCAAAAACGAUGGAUCGUAGGUUGUGGGAAGGUCUCAUGUAUACUAUAAUAGCUAGUGGUCACAUUCGAUUUCCUUGUGGGCCAGCCGGUGCCCUUAUACGCGG